GGUGGUAUCGUCCACUCUCGCGGAAACGCCGGCUCCAGCCAAAACUCCGGCAUAAGAGAAGCAGGUGGAACUGUGACAGUAGUCUGAGUGUGACUGAAAGUGGAAAAGUCCUCACAGCCUGGCAAACAUCAGCACGCUGUCAGAAACGCUGGACAAGCUUCAUUGCUUAGAUUUGAAUGGACAAGGCAGGCAGAAGUAUACAGCCCAGCUAGUGAAGCCCAGUAAAGGUGCCGUGAUGCCUGUGAAGAAGAGGAAGCUGCCUGAUGCAGAUGAUCAUGAGCAGAACUGUAAAAUUACGAGUUUUACCCGACCUCUGAUCCGCGGUCCGAGGCCGAUCAACACUGAGAAGCCUUUUUCCAGUAAGAAGUGCCUGGCCUGGUUCCACAAGUACGCUGCCCCCGACAAGGUGUUCGGCCCAGAGGCCAUGGAGAAGUUCUGUGAGGACAUUGGCGUGGAACCAGAGAAUAUUAUCAUGUUAGUUUUAGCGUGGCAUCUAGAAGCAGCAAACAUGGGGUACUUCACAAAAGACGAGUGGCUCAGGGGAAUGACGAUAUUACAGUGUGACUGCACAGAGAGAUUACAAAGUAAACUUGAUUACCUGCGCAGUGAGCUCAACGAUGCUGCGACCUUUAAAAAUAUCUACAGAUACGCCUUUGACUUUGCCAGAGAUAAGAACCAGAGGAGUUUGGACAUGGACACGGCAAAAUUAAUGCUGGCUCUGCUGCUGGGGAGGUCAUGGCCGCUCUUCCCAGUCUUCAGCCAGUUCCUGGAGCAGUCCAAGUAUAAGGGAUUGAAUAAAGACCAGUGGUAUAAUGUUCUGGAGUUCAGCCGGACCAUCAACCCAGACCUCAGUAACUACGAUGAGGAUGGAGCUUGGCCGGUGCUUCUAGACGAGUUCGUGGAAUGGCGAAGAAGUUGGUCAGCUUCAUAGCAUUAACAACCACAAAAACGAAAGGAUGAAGAGGGAGAAAACUGAGAACCCGGGAAGGAGUCUGUUUGGAAAAAGGUUUCAUCCACACAUACACAGAAAUAUGGAGUACAACCUCGUCCCUGUGGACCUUCAAAUCCCGUUAGAGGCGUCUGUGCACCAUCGUCCAAAUGCUAAGAGGCCUUCCUCCUGCUGAGAAGACUUUUUUUUUUUUUUUAAUAGUGUUAAUUUCAACAGAAGAAACUGUCAGAGGGAAAAGGGACUGAGAAGAGCUGUGGAAUUUAUGUUUAAUGGUUUUUUUUUCCCCCAUUUUUGUGUCUUGUUUAUAGAAGUUUUCACAGUAAUAAAAAGGAAAUGGAAAUUCA